AUGAACAGCUUCGCUCCAGCAUAUCAGCAUGACGAUACGUCGGCCAGGUUUGGCAAUCUGACUGAGUACAACUGCAAGGAUUACGGCCGGGAUUCUGAUGAUGACCUGGCAGAUGACUAUGACUACGAGUGCGAUGAAGCAGACGCGUCCGCGAAAGCGAACAAAUAUCAGACGAGCAAUCACUCUGGAGACAAGAAUGACAGUAAGCGCAUACCCGGCUCGGUGGCUCGCGGCAUAGCUCGCAGCAAGCGCUUUUCAGCUUAUCCUGCGCAUCUGCCGACCUCAGACGAGCACGAAGAGCCAAGCACGGUAUCGCAUGGCAGCCCCCAGAUGCGAGCAUACCGAUACCUUGGUCGGCAGCCUUCAAAGCGGUCUUUGGGCGUGCCUCAAAGGCGUGAUGAGAGGUCCGCGACACGCUCUCCAACAUUAGCAUCGCCAACUUCGGCUUUCAUGACCUCGCCAUCCAUAGCGCCGAGAACCUCGAGUUUAGCACGGAGCCCUGGCGCGCAAGCACCGAGUCUGUCAAGACGGAUGCAACCGGAGGGUCUGCCUGAACCUGUUCAACCGGUCCGACCUGAACAGGCGGCCUUGUCAUCCGGAGACAAGUCCCGACAACGCUAUGAGCCCCCGGUUUCCCGGUCCCCUCAAGCAGCACACAAGGUGCUCUCGCGUAGCACUCUGAGCAGUACUACAUCAGACACCUCGGAGAUCCCUACAUUCGCUCAACACCCCGCUGUCCGCCCGCUAGAGUCGCGCGCUGCUCUGGGAAACGCUGCCGGACCUGCUGCUGACGACGACAGCCAGUAUCCUUCUGCACUUCCGCUGGUCUUGAUCGUGACAGGCGUAUGCUUGGCCGUCUUUAUUAUUUCACUAAACCGCAACAUCAUCAUCACCGCCAUCCCCGACAUAACCUCCAGAUUCCACUCGUACAAUGAUAUUGGUUGGUACGGUUCGGCCUACCUGCUCACAGCCUCGGCCUUCCAGCCCCUUUACGGCCGCAUCUACAUGUCGUUCAGCACGAAAUCCUCCUUCAUCGUUACUCUCGUUGUCUUUGAGGUCGGCAGCCUCAUUUGCGCCCUUGCGCCGUCCUCUGACGUCCUCAUCGUCGGCCGUGCCGUACAGGGCGUCGGGUCCGCUGGUAUCCUCACCGGAGCCUUCGUCGUUGUAACCCACAUAGUCCGAUUGCAGACCCGCCCUAUCGUCUUCGCCGGGGUCGGCAUCUUGUACGCCGUGGGUGCUCUGUGCGGUCCACUCAUCGGCGGUGCCUUCACCGAUACGAUUGGCUGGCGCUGGUGCUUCUGGAUCAACCUUCCAUGCGGGCUCGUCACCCUCGUUGCCGUCUCUCUCUUUUUUCGUCCAUCUAAGCCAUCGACGUCCAAACCCUCAUUCGUCAAACGUGUCCUGUCGCUCGACCUGGUCGGCAACCUUCUGGUCCUUGGUGCCGCGGUACAGCUAUUCACCGCACUUCAGCUUUCCGAAGAACGCCUAGCAUGGUCAUCCGCGCCCGUCAUCGGCCUGAUGUGUGGGUUUGGCGCCACCACUCUCAUCUUUGUCGGGUGGAUCAUUUACAAGGGUGACGCUGCACUCCUUCCGCCGGCCAUCGUCACACAACGCACCGUGGCCGCCUCCUGCGGUGCCGCAUUCUUCAUCUACGGAACCAUCCUGCUACACUCCUACUACCUCCCCAUUUACUUCCAAGCCAUCAAGGCGUCCAGUGCCUUGGGGUCCGGCGUGAACAUGAUCCCCUACAUGCUCGCCAACGCCGUCCUCUCCAUGCUCGCCGGCAUCUUCGUCUCGAAACGCGGCCUCUUCGCGCCCCCCGCCAUCAUCGGCUGCGCCAUCGGCACCGUCGGCUGCGGCCUCCUCGCCACGCUCGACGCCAACACCCCCACCGCCCGCUGGAUCGGCUACGAGAUCCUCGCCUCCGCCGGCAUCGGCAUGGCCAUCCAGCAAGGGUUCUCGGCCGUGCAGACGGCGCUGCCGCUCGAGCUCGUGCCCAUCGGCACCGCCGCCGUGGUGGCCUGCCAGUCCGCCGGCGGCGCCAUCUUCAUCUCCGUGGGCAACACCCUGCUGCAGAACCACCUGGUCGCCGGCGACAACCGCAUCGCCGGCGUCAACAUCCGCGCCGUCAUCGAGCUGGGCACCACCCAGUUCCGCCAGCAUGUGCCGGAGUCGGCCCUGCCCGCGUUGGUUGACUUGUACAGCAGGGCGCUGCAGGGCGUCUUCAUCGCCGCCGUCCCGCUCUGCGGCUGUGCGUUUCUGAGCUCCUUGUUCAUGGAGUGGCGGAGCGUCAGGGCAGCGGAGGAGCAGACUAAGGCGGCGGCGGGGCAGACGAAGCGGAGGACCAGAGAAGUCGAAGAAGAAAAGGUAUAA